AGCCUUUAUGUGAAUUGUUUCUGAGUAGAGAAUACACAUCAAACCCUGGAAUUAUAGAAGUUAUGUGGGGACCCGAUGAGUCGUUGGGCGUCACCACCGUGGGAUCAUCUGUUGCAGGUUUUGUAUUCUAAACAGGCUGGCUCAGCUACAAAAGGUGACAUCUGGAAACCUUUGGUUUGAUUUCCACCAUCAUGCCUUCUGUAACAUCAGCUUCCUUCGCUAUAAUCAGCAUUACUAUAUGGUUUAGUACAUUUCAGCUCAGCAGGAGGCAAGCAGGAGCACAGCUAGGGACCACCCCUAACAUCAAACACAUUGUGAUUGGACGAUGUUUCUCUUACACCACUCUGGGUAACCUGGGUAUGAGGUAUGACUGUGAAGACAUCUGGAGACAGUUUGAGGAGGCCGUUGUCCAUCAGUCCUCAUGUAACGUGACAGAGGAGCAUUAUUAUCAUCUGUUUAAUGCUAUGCCACAAAUCUGGCCAUGUGACAGGUUCCUUUUCUGGAGUAAAACCAGGGCACUGAUGCACACCUUUGCAGCAGUUUUUCAACACUUGUGGACGCUGGAAGACACGCUGGUUGGAUACAUGUUCAAUGACCUCAUCUGGUGUGGCCAGGAGGAAGACCCUGACUUUGAUUUCAACUCUUGYCCAGAGUGGUCCACAUGUGGAACUCAUCCAGUUUUUUCCUUGUGGAAGCAGGCCUCAAAAAAUUUUGCAGAAAUGGCAUGUGGCAACAUCACCGUCUUACUGAAUGGCUCUAUUGUAAACGCCUUCAGCAGACAAAGCAUGUUCGGAAGUGUUGAACUGGACGGCCUGAAUCCUGAAAGAGUCAACUAUGUCCACAUUAAAGUGAUGAGCAACCUGCAGGGGCCGCACAUAGAAUCGUGUAGGCAAGGAUCUGUUAUAGAUCUGAUCCAAAUCCUCCAAUCCAGAGGUUUCCUUUGGACCUAUGGAGGAACUUGA